CCGGGCCGUGCCGGGCCGUGCCAUGGCCCCGCCGUGCGCCGGGGCGCUGCGCUGCGCGCUCCUUUGCGCGCUGCUGUGCGCGCAGGGCCGCGCUGCCACCCGCGCAGGAGAGUGCGGCGAGCUGCGAUCCUGCGAGACAUGCACCGCCGGCACCGCCUCGCCCAACGGCUCCGCCUGUGUCUGGGUGGGCUGCGGGGCACCCCAGGAGCCAGAGACCUGGAGCUGCGUGCAGAGAGGGGCGGCAGCACGGGGGACGUGCGUGCUCUACAACACCACCGCCCUGUGCCCAGCAGCGCUGAAAUCCCCCACCAAAGAGCCCCCACAGCCCCCUAGCAAGGAGCCGGUGACGCAUUCGCCACGGACCAGCACCACCAGCGCCCCGCUGACCGGCAGCCCCGAGUUUCACCCCCCCGGCUUCGACACGGCCAGCUUCAUCGGCGGCAUCGUGCUGGUGCUGAGCGUCCAGGCCGUCGUCUUCUUCAUCAUCAAGUUCAUCAAGUCAAAGGACAGCACCUACCAAACGCUGUAAGGCUCCCGAGCAC